GGACAUUGUAAGCAACUAUGAAAUUAUUUGUGUUAAUAGUUUUGGUGUUCAGCGGCUGUUUAGCCGAUAACCUAAACAACCGUUUGGACUGUUAUUUGGAGCGUGAUAUGAAAUUAAAUGAACAAGAAUGUAAAGACAGGGGCUGUAUAUGGGACUCCGUUAAAAGACCUGACGGUAUACCCAUAUGCUAUCUGGACAUCAAGCAAGUGGGAUAUGAAGUGCCCGGUGCUGUCAAAAAGACUGAUGAGGGCCAAGAGGUUGACCUACAGCUUAAAGACACGGCUAAAAAGACCCUGAAGUCUAUGCCGUCGAUCGAGAGCCUAAAGUUCACCGUUAAAUAUAUGACCGAAAAUAUUGUGAGGUUUACGAUAAGGGACGCCAAGAAUAAGCGCUAUGAAGUACCGGUGCAACAGGUGUUCAAUCUCAUGGAUAAAGUGGAAAAGGAUGAGUCGAAGCGCCGGUAUUCGGUAGAUGUCAGCGCAGACACCAAGGACUUCCAAUUCGACACAUCCAUAGGUGGACUGGUAUUCGCUGAUCAGUACUUACAAAUAGCUACCGGUUUGGCCACAAAAAAUGUCUAUGGAUUUGGUGAGAAUGUUCACCAGACCCUCAGACAUGACCUAAAUUACAGGACCUGGCCACUAUUUGGUAGGGAUAACCACCUAGGCGAGCACACUCAAAAUCUCUAUGGAGUUCAUCCAUUCUAUACAGUAUUGGAAACCGACGGCAAAGCACACGGAAUACUGUUUCUCAAUAGUAACGCGAUGGAGUAUCAAUUUUUGCCGGAACCGGCCCUGGCGUUAAAAACAAUGGGUGGAGUCCUCGACUUUUUCGUGUUUUUGGGCGAUAAUCCCGAACACGUGAUACAGUUGUAUACGUCGGUCAUCGGGAGGUCAACGAUGCCCCCCUUUUGGGGGCUCGGGUACCAACUGUGCCGAUUCGGGUACACCGGUACCCAAAACGUUAGGGAAGUGAUUGAUAGAAACUUGAAGGCUAAGAUACCCUUGGAUACCAUGUAUCUCGACAUCGACUAUAUGGAUAAGUUCAUGGAUUUUACUUAUGACAAAAAAGCAUUCGCUGGACUACCGGAGCUGUUUAAUGAUACAAAAACCAAAAAUAAUCUGCACUGGACCCUGAUGUUGGACCCUGCUAUAGACGGGGGUAAUGAGUUACAUAGGUAUCCGACAUUUGACGAGGGUUACACAAAGGACGUGUUUGUCAAAUGGCCUAAGAGUGUGCCCGAAAAGGACCGAUCUAACCCGGCUAAUGUGCCCACCGACAAGGAUACUCUAUGGGGCUUUGUGUGGCCACAGGACCCGGCUGCAUUUCCAGAUUUUUUCAAAAAUGACACCUUGGUGUGGUGGGUGGAGCAGGAUAUGAAUGAGCCCUCAAAUUUCCAGUCCAGGUGCCCAAUUAAUAAAUACGACUACCCGCCAAUUAAAUCAACAACUGUAUGGGGUGGUUCCGAUAUGCAACUGUCCAGGAUGACCAUCUGUAUGGUCGGCAUACAGGGAAACUCCGGUGAAUACAUGCACUACGAUGUGCACUCACUAUACGGACUGACAGAGUCUAUUGCCACCCAAAAGGCACUUCACGCGGUAACUGGUAAACGCGGUUUUGUAGUCUCGCGAAGUACGUACGUGACAUCGGGCCGGUAUGGCAACCACUGGUUAGGCGAUAAUGAAGCUACCUGGCCCAUGAUGCACCAUUCCGUUGUGGGCAUGCUAGAGUCCAAUAUGUUCGGGAUCAGUUUUGUGGGCUCAGACAUAUGUGGUUUUCUGGGUGCCACUACCCCGGACCUAUGUCGUAGGUGGUCCCAAUUGGGGGCUUUCUAUCCAUUUUCCCGGAAUCAUAACGAGAAAACAGUUACCCAGGACCAGGACCCGGCUAUUUGGGCUCUACAGGGUCACCCUGAAGUGACUGACGCUGCCAGGGCUUCCCUACAGCUCCGGUAUCAACUGAUACACUACUUGUACACACUGUUCUACCGGUCCUAUGCCUAUGGUGAUACUGUGGUCAGACCAUUGUUUCAUGAAUGGCCCCUGGAUAAUAAUACAUAUGGAAUAGACACCCAGUUCCUAUGGGGUGGCAAUAUAUUGAUAUCGCCUUUUCUUUUUGAGAAUCAAACCGAAGUGAAGGCAUACCUACCCCCUAGCGUGCGCUGGUAUGAAGUGAAACCCCACCUAAAACUAGCGCCACAAACAGGACACGUGACUAUACCGGACUCCCAGCCCAACGGCCCGCCGCCCAUACACUUUAGGGACCACAACAUCAUACCGAUGGUCACCGACAGUCAACUCAUAUCCACUUCCCAAGAGUCUAUCAAUGUCUUGGAUUUAGUAGCCCUUCCCUGUCAUCAUAUGGAGGCCUCCGGUGAGCUGUAUUGGGACGACGGGGAAAGCAUAGACACCAUUGAGGCUAAGAAAUUCAACCUGUACCAUUUUGAAAUGGCCAGUAAUUGUAGCAUGGUGAUCAGCGUUGAGCAAAGUGGCUAUAGUGGUAAGGCGCACCCGGAGUUGGGCAAAUUGAUGGUGGUGAACACGGUUAAGUCGGCCAACCCUAUUAAGGCUACCCUGGAUGGUAAGGAGGUGUCGGCUAGCCAGGUUGAUGGCAAUACUGAGAUAUCCCUAGGUAUUACCCUGGGUGAUAAGUUAGGUCAAAAGUAUGUGGUUGAGUGGGCCGAUAGUGUGACUAAAAAAUGUGAUUUACAGUAA